ACGCAGUCGUUCCAUAAGUUCUUUGAGUGCUGGAUAGUUGAGCAGGACCAGCACCUGCAAGAACUUAUCUCGGCCGCCAGGGAGUAUGAGGAGCGGCGGGGGCGGGGAUGUAGGCAGGAUGAUGGAACCACAGUUGAGGAGGAUGUGCAGGAUAGAACUCUACGUCCGCUUCUUGAACGGGUGAUCCAGCACUACGAACAUUACUACAGGGCGAAAUCGAGGUGGGCGAAAAGCGACGUCCUGUCCAUGUUCAACCCCUCGUGGAGGAGCAGCCUGGAGGAUGCGUUUAUGUGGAUAGGAGGGUGGCGGCCCAGCAUGACGUUCCACCUGCUGUAUUCCAAGUCUGGGCUGCAGCUGGAGGCCAGGCUUACUGAGCUGCUACAAGGCCUGAGCACAGGUGACUUGGGGGAUCUAUCACCAAGUCAGCUGGACCAGGUGAAUGAACUGCAGAAGCAGACUAUAAGGGAGGAAAAGGACAUCACUGAGAAGCUGGCGAAGCAGCAGGAGACAGUGGCUGACUCGUCGAUGGUUGAACUUACGCAUGUGGUGACAGAGAUGAUGAGGGAGGGGCAGGUAGAUCAGGCGAUGGAUACGGAGCGAGUUGAUGAGACGCUGGCGCCUAAGGAGGAAGGAUUGGUGGAAGUUCUGCAGAGGGCUGAUGGAUUGAGGCUGAAAACGCUGAAAGAGGUGCUGAAUAUUCUGAGUCCAAUACAGGGGGUGUAUUUCUUGAUCGCUGCUGCAGAGCUGCACUUGAGGGUUCAUGAAUGGGGUAAAAAACGGGAUGCUAGACGAAACGAACAUAGCGAAAAUGGUCACAGCCAGCAGCACUGAUGAAGGCGAACUACCAGUACAGGAGUACAGCAGCCAUGAAGAAACUGCAACUGUGAGGUAGCUGAGAAGUGGUUCGAAUACGUCUAGAUAUAUCGUUGCUGUUUGGUUUGAUGAUAUAUAUCUACAGUAUGAUCUUUUUUCCAGGUCGGGUCUUCUGUUACAUAAAGCUAUGUAUUUUUCUGACGGUUUUCUAGAUUUUGUUUGAAUUACCUUAAUAUCAUGAGAAAUUUGUUAAUCGAUCCUUUGAUUCUAGACUAGGUUUUAGUCGGAAUUCGUAUGAAGCACAUUGAUUUAUUGUGCUUAUCAUGUAAUUGAUUUAUAGUACAAACAAGCAACCAAUCACAAACCAGGAAUGGAGGCAGUUCCCAUAACGAUCUUCUGUAGCAAAAUGGAAUUUGUUCGAGUAACGAGACCGUAACAUUACAAGCAGGUGUUUUUUGCAACACUCCCUGAGAAAGCAUGUAUUCUAUUUGUAGAGCAUUUGGGGAAAGCUGAAGACAAAAAUGUGAAGAUACAAAAGGAGCAACAACACUCAAAAUUUUUCUAUUACUUGAGGUUCUGAUGAUUGUCGAUAAUUUAUUAAGUCUACUACAUGCUUUGGAUCUCAUCCUAACUGCAGAGAACCAGUAACUCUUGCCUA